UAUGCUUUUCCCGCAUGUCAUUAUAUUUGGCGGGAAAAGAAUUCACCUUUCUUCUUCUUCGUUUGGUCGCGUUUUCUAGCUCUGGAGUAGGGAAAUCGGUCGAAGCUUAAACCCACAAAUGUCGAAAUUACCCGAAAUCUCAUCGCUCCUCGCCGCCCUCGCAUCGAACCUUGAAAGGACUGCAGGAGAAGAAGAUCGAAAUCUCGACGAUGCCAUCCGGAAGCUCAACCUGUCGUUCAAUCUCUCCGAAACCAACCCUAGAGCUCAGGUUCUGGACACUGCACUCUCUCUCAUGUGCAUCACCGCCCCGCAGGUCUUCGAUUCCAUGAUUGAGUUCACGGUGAGAACAAUUGUUACCGUUCUGUCUUCAUCGGCUGAAGUGCAGGUUGUUGAGUGGGACAAUAAGGAGAGUUUACAGGUUUCCGGAUCGAGUUUUGGUCUGGAUUGUUUUGGAACAUUUGAAGCUUUUGCUGAUAUUUUACCAAAACUAGAGGCAUUUAGAGGAGAUCUUUCUCCUUCAUUGCUUUAUGCCGUUGUAAGAUCUGCAGCGUUUGCACCUAACUGUCAUCAUUCAGAGAAAAUCACUGAGAUGAAACCUAGGGGUGGAAGGAAUUCUGCUUUUGCAAAGGUGCUCCGCCAUUCACCAAGGGACUGCAACCUCAAAAGUGGAGAAAUUCCUCUAAGGUUGCUGUGGUGGUUGCUUGAUCCUAUGCUUCUUAAGAAUGAUAUAUGCCAAAUUUUACAAGAAACCACUAGCCGACCAUUUCUUUGCCUAGAAAAGGAAUUUUAUGAGAAGACAGAUUGGCACUCUAUUUUAAUAUGUUUGGUUCUUUCUCCUACAAUGUUUAUGCAGACAAGGGCUCUAUUACAUAAUUGGUUUCUACUGACGGGUUUGGCUUCUUUCUUAGAGCUUCACAGUGAAAUAGUCUUGAGAGUAUUAGACGUUGGUUGCAGACCAAUGUGGUGGGGAGUACCAAUGGAGAUUGCAUUGACACUUCCAUUUUCUCAUGCAUACUUUCCUUGUGAAAGCCGGCUCUUGAGAAUACUUUCUGGUCCACUGUCUUGGAAAAAAUUUUCGCAUUUAGUUUGUGAAGUUAUUAAACCAAAUUGUGCUGCCAAUCAGCUUAAUUUCACUUCCAACCAAGCUGCGAAGGCUUCAAGAGUAGAUCAUAAUUCCUGUUGGGCAAUGACAAUAAACUUUCCCAGUUGGUUCUCCUUUGCCUCUUUGCUGCUUUUCCUUGAUGGGAGUUCUAUGGAUAGAUGCUAUUUGAAAUGUGUACCUUGGUUAAACAACUCUGACCAGCCAUGUGAUGCAGAGCUGCCUUAUUCCUCUGUAGCUGCAAGGUUUAUUGCAUGGGUUUUGAACCCUAUAGGCGAUUCUUGCCAGGACCUAUUACUUGAGUGUUUGACUGGACUUUUACAUGUAAAGACCCUCAAACUCUGUGGUUUUGGUAGAGGCAUUGCAGCCACUGGUCGCAACACGAAGGAAAUUUGGAGGUCAUUAUCAGACAAAAAGGGUAACAUCAAUUUUUCCAACUUUGACUCCCAAACACUGUUGCUUUGGCUCAAAGAAGUUGAUGACAUCCAUAUAAGGUACUCCAGAAAAGUUAAUGAACAUUAUGAAUCCGCAGACCAUUCACAAGGAAUUGGCUGUCAGAAAAAUUCUCUAUAUAGGAAGAUGCCAUUGGGUAUUUUGCUUUGUUAUUCUGAUAGUAUAGGAGAGGCAGAAAGUGAACUGCUUUUGCAUUAUGCUGCAACCGGUACCUUCCACAAUCUCUUCAAACCACAAGUUGAGCAAAAACGUAUGAAGCAUAGCCUUGAAUUUGCACUGACUGACAAAUACACAAGAAAAGAAGCUGUAUCAGGAGCCAACAUUGCUUUCAAUCUAACUGAUACAAUUGAAAGUAUGUCAGCUUUGAUGUUUGAGACCGAGGAGGAUGGGCUGAAGUUUUUGAGUCAGGUGAAAGGAAAGAUUGUUAAAUAUCUGCUCAAUUGUGUCAAGAGGCUACUUCAACUUAGAGUAGUUGAUGACUAUAUGCACCUUAGUGAUCUCUAUCUUAGAAUGGUCAGGUGGAAACAUCAGGGACAGGAUAUCUGCAGCCGUUUCAAGGAUUGGGAUGAUGCCAUUGAUGCCGUGAAGUGUGCUUCCUCACCCCAAUUUUAAGGAGUUAUGCUUUGUUUAAAAGACACAGAUUUCCAGCGUUUUUGGUGGAAAUCUGUCUAGCGCUUUAGUGGAAAAUUGGAAUGAAUA